AUGGGUACCAUCGCCGUCGCGGGCGGCACGAGCGGCAUCGGCCGAGCUAUCUCAGAGGCCGUUCACCGCAAGCAGGGAUACAGCGUCAAGAUCCUCAGCAGAUCCCCUAACCCCCAAAUUCUAGUUGAGUCUGGCAUCGAGGUGAUAGCCAUUGACUAUACCGAUGUAGCGUCUAUGAGAAAGGUCCUUGAGGAAAACAAUGUUGACACUGUUGUUUCCACCCUCUUCGUCACGGAUGAUGGUACGCCCCAGGUCAACCUUGUCCAUGCCGCUCAGGCAUCGGCCAGUACCCAUCGGUUCAUUCCGAGCAUCUGGGGGAUCCCGUACUCCCGGCAAGAAGUUGGCGAUCGACGAAUGCAAAUUGGUCAAGCUAAACUCGAGGCCGUGGAGGCACUAGAGAAGAGCUCCCUGGAGUACACCUUGUUCUACGUCGGCUACUUUCUGGACUUUUGGGGCUACCCCAAGGUUAAGUCCUUCCAGCGUCAGAAUGUUAUUGCCAUUGACAUCGAGCACAACACCGCCGCGAUACCGGGAACGGGAAAUACGCCCGUCGUCUUCUCCCAUACACUUGACGUUGCCGAGUUCGUAGCGGCGAGUCUGGACCUUGAACGCUGGGAUCGUGAGAGCUAUGUCAUUGGUGACGUUAAGACGUGGAACGAAUUCCUUAACAUUGCCGAGGAGGUCAAAGGAGAGAAGUUUUCGGUCACGUACGACCGUCUCGACUUGCUUCUGUCAGGAAGGAUCACUGAGCUGCCUUCUCAUCCAUCACUCUACUCUCAGAUGCCGAAGGAGCACCUUCAAGCUCUAUUCGCAACAUUUGGGGUCUGGUUUGAGGAAGGGUUGUUUUGCUUACAGCCUUCCAAGACCUUGAAUCAGACGUUUCCGGAUAUUCAGGCUCGCACUGUCAGGGAGGUUAUUGAGGCUGGUUGGGGUAGAAAAUAG